GUGCCGGGGUUUGCGAAUACUUUCCCCAUCGCUGCUGGAGAGGAUCGGCGUGGAACAGACCAGGGCGCACGCCAAGACCAGCAGGUAGACCGUUUGCCACAACAUGAUGGGGUUAACUGUUUGGUGUGCCCCACUCCCAGCUGCUUAUUUAUGCAAAUUAAUUAGUGGCCACUGUUUGCACUUCCAAUUGGCGCAUUUGGGCGCCCAACUAAAAAACCCCAAAGCCUCUAAAGCCCCAUCACUGUUUUUCGGCUGUUCUAGUAGGGGAAUCAUGGUUUUGCCCACUGGUUAGUAGUUCACACCUCAUCAUCGUCAUCGCUUGUGGCCCGAAGGUCGCUGGCCUGGGCAUAAAAAACCAGGUGAUUUCGGCUAAGGUAACUCAAAUCUUCAUUGGACACUCAGCCAAGAUGAGGUGCGAUCUGCGAGUGCAAUUUUUGCUGUUACUGGGAAUUAGCGCUUGCCGCUGGACUGGAGCCCAUUCCCUGGGAGGAGGUGCCAUCGGAGCUGUUGGAGGAGUGGGAGCCAUUGGCGGUGUAGGAGCCCUGGGAGGAGUUCAGCAAGUGCCUAUUGUCCAGCAAGUGCCCAUCGUGCAACAGGUGCCCGUCAUCCAACAACAGCCGCAGGCUCUGGGACUAGUAGGAGGAGGUGGAUUUGCUGGCGGCGGAAUUGGAGGAGGUGCUGGUUUCGGGCACUACAAGGAGAGCUAUCGAGUGCGAGCGAGGGGAUUUGGCGGUGGAUACCGCGCCCGGUACGACAAGAAGUUCGGUGGAGGAUUUGCAGGAUUUGGAGCUGCUGCGGGAGCUGGAGGUGGUUUGCUGGGAUAAUGUUUACCAAAUAAUGUAGUUAAAUUAC